GGACACAAGGACCUGUACAAGGAGGCCAUGAUGGAGGAGCACCAGCCUCUUAUAUCACAGGAAAUCCCCAGUAACAAUUCUGAGGAAAACUUCAUGUUAUCUCUAGAAGAUGAAGAUAUCAUGGAGAACUUUACAGAACAAAACCUCAUUACCCCUAAUGUUUAUCCAGGAUGUCACAGUACAAAUCUUUCAUAUAAUCCCCCUAAUUAUGAAGAACCAUCUUCUGAUCAAUCACAGAUUGUAACCACAAGUACAUCUCAGAAAGAAGGUGAAAGGAUUCAUUGUGAUAAAGAGUCCACAAAAAGCUCAGGUCUUUCUACACACAGAGGAAUUCACACAGGAGAGAAGCCAUAUUCAUGUUCAGAAUGUGGGAAAUGUUUUACAUAUAAUUCACAACUAGUCAAACAUAAAAGAAACCACACAGGAGAAAAGCCUUAUUCAUGUUCAGAAUGUGGGAAAUGCUUUACAGAGAAAUCAAAUCUUGUUACACAUGAGAGAAUUCACACAGGAGAGAAGCCAUAUUCAUGUUCAGAAUGUGGGAAAUGUUUUACAUAUAAUUCACAACUAGUCAAACAUGAAAGAAACCACACAGGAGAAAAGCCUUAUUCAUGUUCAGAAUGUGGGAAAUGCUUUACAGAGAAAUCACAUCUUGUUAAACAUGAGAGAAGUCACACAGGAGAGAAGCCAUAUUCAUGCCCAGAAUGUGGGAAAUGUUUUACACAAAAAUCAGCUCUUGUUAGACAUGAGAAAAGUCACACAGGAGAGAAGCCGUUUCCAUGUUCAGAAUGUGGAAAAUGUUUUACACGGAAAUCACAUCUUGUUAGACAUGAGAAAAGUCACACAGGAGAGAAGUCAUAUUCAUGUUCAGAAUGUGGGAAAUCUUUUACACAAAAAUCAGAUCUACUUAAACAUGAGAAAAUUCACACCGGGGCAAAGCCGUUUUCAUGUUUAGAAUGUGGUAAAUGUUUUACACAGAAAUCACAUCUUGUUACACAUGAAAGAAUUCACACGGGAGAGAAAGCAUAUUCAUGUUCAGUAUGUGGGAAAUCUUUUAGACAAAAAUCAGAUCUACUUAAACAUGAGAAAAUUCACACCGGGGCAAAGUCGUUUUCAUAUUCAGAAUGUGGGAAAUGUUUUACACAGAAAUCAAAUCUUGUUAUGCAUGACAGAAUUCACAUAUCAGAUAAGUCACAAAGGAGAGAAGCUGUUUUCAUGCUCAAAAUGUAA